GCGGCCGGCCCCGCAAUGCGAGGGGAGCGCGGCGCCGAUCCCCCCGAGCAUCCCGAGCCCCCGAGCCCGGCCCGCGAUCCCUGCGGCGAGGGCGGGGGCGGGGGCGGCGGGGGCGCGGCUUCGGACGACGAUCUGUGCCUCGACGUGUCCGGGGAGAACCUGGAGUACUCGCUGCUGUCCCCCCCGGCCCUGAAUGGGUCCUCGGUGAAGGACCUCUACCUGUACAAGAACGAGUUCAGCUUGCUCCCGAAGUGGGCCGGGGAGCUGCGGAGGCUGAAGACGCUCAAGUUCUUCGCGAACGAGCUGAACCUGUUCCCGAGCGAGCUGGGGAAUUUGGUGGGGCUGGAGUGCCUGCAGGUGAAGAUAUCGCCGCCCGGGCUGAAUGGGCUGGCGCUGCAUAAGCUGGAAGGGCUGAAAGAGCUCGAGCUGAGCAAGGCUCUGCGCCGGCCUUCGGUUUUUCCUCUGCUCAGCGAGAUCGCGCAGCUCAAGUGCUUGACCAAGCUCUCCGUUUGUCAUUUCUCGAUAAGAUGCCUCCCACCAGAAAUUGGUUGCCUGAACAAGUUGGAGUACUUGGACCUUUCAUUUAAUAAGAUGAAGAGUUUGCCAAAUGAAAUAAGUUAUUUAAAUUCUUUGACGUCCUUGAAGGUCGCUAACAAUAAAUUGGUGGAAAUCCCCUCUGGUUUGUCUUCUCUUCGGCGAUUGGAAGUUUUAGACCUUUCAGAUAACAGGUUGACAUCAAUAGGCCCUCUCGAACUUGACUCCAUGCAUAGCCUGCGAAGUUUAAACCUUCAGCACAAUAAGCUUCUCAGUUUUCAAAUACCUUCAUGGAUAUCCUGUGAUAUAGACGGGAAGGAGUUGUCCAAUGAUGAUAAUGCCAAUUCUUUGGCUGAAAUGGAAGUAUAUGAAUCCACCCCAGACGAUGAAGGAGCAAUCUCUUGUAGCAGCUCCUGCCAUACCUCGGCAAGUUUAUUGGCUGGGUCAGCAUCAAAUGCUAGAUGUUUUUCGGCUCGGAAAUCAUCAAAGAGGUGGAAAAGGAGGAACUAUUUGCAACAAAAAGCUCGGCUAGAACGUUUAAACAACAGCAGGAAGUGGAAAGGUGAAAAAUAUUCGGAGGAGUUGACCAAAAAGGGUGAUGACAUGUGCAAGUUGUCUAACAAUGACGCUUCAAGAGAUGCAGCAUCAGAAAUCACCUGUGCGGAUGGUGGAGAUAAAGUAUUGAUUUCUGGGGAAAUUGCAUCUGAAAAUGUGCUUAGCAGUGUAGAUAAGGAUGGCAUUAGCUCAAAAAGUGAAUUAAAGGUAGAGAACCACUCAAAUGUUGCCGUUGACUCUGCGAGUAGAGAGCUAGGAGAUGUUACGAUCAUGUCAAAUGCCUCUACUGAUGAGCAAGAUGCUGAGUCAUUGGCACAUCAACAUGAGGUCAGUAUCAAGUGUAAGAGGUAUUGUGAUCAGCAUCUUGAUAACCCUAAACCAUGCAAGUGUCGCCGGCCAGCUGAUGAGAGUUUCAAUCUAUCCCGCCAGUAUUGUGAUUUCUCUUUCUGUGGUGUUGAGGAUUACCUGCCGGAUGGCUUUUAUGAUGCCGGACGUGACCAACCUUUUAUGCCUCUCAGUAGUUACGAGAGAAAUUUAUCUAUUGACUCACGUGAAGUAAUUCUUGUUGACAGGGACAGAGAUGAAGUUUUAGAUGCAGUUACCCUCACUGCGCAGGCUUUGGUAAUUCGUUUCAAGAGAUUAAAUGGAUUACCUAAAGAUCAGGAACUGGAGGAUUGUACACUUCAAAUAUCUUCAUUGCUUGCUCUUUUCGUGUCGGAUCAUUUUGGAGGGUGUGACAGAAAUGCAAUUAUAGAAAGGACGCGAAAGGCUGUAUCUGGUUCGAACUAUCGAAAGCCUUUCGUUUGCACCUGCUUAACUGGAAAUCAUGAUUAUGUUGAUUCAUCUGCCAACCAAAUGCUUGAUAAUCAGGAUAUUAUAUUGCGUGAUCUAUGUGAGAAAUCUCUUCAGUCUAUCAAAGCAAGACAAAGUUCUGUUAUUGUUCCUAUAGGAACUCUGAAGUUUGGUGUUUGCAGACAUCGAGCAAUUCUUAUGAAGUAUCUAUGUGAUCGAAUGGUGCCUCCUGUGCCAUGUGAGCUUGUUAGAGGUUACCUGGAUUUUUCUCCGCAUGCUUGGAAUAUCAUUGUGGUAAAAAAGGGCGACUUAUAUGUCCGUAUGGUGGUUGAUGCAUGCCGUCCUCUUGAUAUACGUGAAGAGACAGACCCAGAAUAUGCUUGCAGGUAUAUUCCUCUGAGGAGGUUUAGAGAUUCUCUUUCAAUGGAAGCCAUUUCCAAGUCUGGAUGUGUUCUUCCUUCUCUAUCUACAUCUGAUGAAAUUUGCAAAGCAGCUUCUACCUCUAUUGUCCGUUGCACUAAUGCUUCAGCCAAUGUUGUAGCCAAGGUACGUUCCUUGGAAGUAUGUAGUAACUCAGUUGAGGAAAUUAGGAAAUUUGAGUAUAGUUGUCUAGGCGAAGUGAGAAUAUUGGGUGCUCUACAACAUGCUUGCAUAGUGGAAAUGUAUGGGCAUCAGAUAUCUUCUCAGCGGGUCACUCCUGCAGAUGCAAAUCCUGAGCGUCGUAUUUGGCGUUCUGCGAUUUACAUGGAAUAUGUGAAAGGGGGAUCACUGAAGAAUUACCUGGAGAAGCUGUCUAAAUCUGGUGAAAAGCAUGUCCCAAUAAAUAUGGGUCUUUUUAUUGCUCGGGAUGUUGCUUCUGCCUUGGUGGAGCUGCAUUCAAAGCAUAUUAUUCAUCGUGACAUAAAGAGUGAAAACAUUUUGAUUGAUCUUGAUGCAAGAAGGGCUGAUGGAACGCCUGUCGUGAAGCUUUGUGAUUUUGAUAGAGCAGUCCCUCUUCGAUCUUCCUUACAUACGUGUUGUAUAGCCCAUAUCGGAGUACAUCCUCCCGAUACUUGUGUUGGAACCCCUCGCUGGAUGGCUCCGGAAGUUCUUCAGACAAUGCAUAAACGGGAAUCAUACGGGCUGGAAGUGGAUAUUUGGUCAUAUGGCUGUCUGAUUUUCGAAUUGCUGACUUUGCAAGUGCCGUAUUCAGGUUUAUCUGAGCCACUAAUUCAUGACCUUAUUCAGGGGGGAGAACGGCCGAAGCUAACAGAUAAGAUGGACUCGAUAGUAUCAUUGAAUGACCAUACAACUAUGGGAUCUGGCUCAAAGUCGGAGGGGCCAGAGGUGGAGCAUGAAGCAUUAAGAUUUCUUGUCGAUUUGUUCCGCCGGUGUACAGUGAAAAACCCAGCUGAUCGUCCAUCAGCCAGAGACAUCUAUGACUUGAUACUUGUUCAUGUUAGAGACUUGAUAAGUAUACAUGGUCGGGAACCAGAAGGAUCGGUAAUAAAACCUUCUUGACCAAAAAGUUUUGCAGCCCUAGGAUGAGGUGAUUAUUCUCCAGCCUUUUCGGGUCUGAGAGCGCGGAUUAUGCUGAGAAUCUUCUAGACUAAUAUCAUUCGGGGGUCCCGAGUCGGGCAUCGUGUUCUAGUGUGUAUUCUUUGCCUGCCGGGUUGCGUGUAACUCGGCAGUCAGGCUGGUGAACGGGAUUGUAAUGUUUGUAGGUAGUUUUUUCAAGUUUCGAGUGGGCAUCAGAGGUACAUGUCCAUUUUCAUUCGGUUGAAUCUGCCUCAAUCAUGUUAUUGACACUGCCCCAGUUCUUAUCAAUUCAUUGAAGGAUUCCCCGUUGGG